AUGGAUCGAUCUAACUACACUGUUGGUUGGAUAUGUGCGAUUACCGAGGAGUUUGUUGCGGCGCGAGCCUUUCUUGACGAAACGCAUGAGCGCCUAACAUUCCAGGACCCGAAAGAUUCAAACAACUAUGUACUAGGCAAAAUGUCCAAUCAUAACAUUGUUAUUGCUUGCUUGCCCUUGGGAGAAUACGGCACAGCUUCCGCUGCUGGGGUUGCCAUCAACAUGAUAAGAAGCUUUCCCAAUAUUCGCAUUGGGAUGAUGGUGGGGAUUGGUGGAGGCGCCCCUUCGAGGCGGCAUGAUAUUCGACUUGGUGAUAUCGUCGUAAGCACGCCAGGUAACGGCAAUGGGGGAGUCUUUCAAUACGAUUUCGGCAAAUCGAUACAGGCAAAAGAAUUUGUUGAGACGGGUUUCUUGAACCAGCCUCCGGAGAUGCUGCGGACGGCACUACAGUCCCUGAAGGCUAGCCAUCAGCUGGAAGGACAUACUCUCGUCAACGAUGUGGAAGGAGUUCUCCGGACUAAACCAAGGUUGAAGAGGGCAUAUUGUCGUCCAAAUAUCCAUGAUCAGUUAUAUAAAUCGACUUUUAUACAUUCUACCCCAUCGGAAGAUUGCCAAUCAUGUGGCAGCGACGCAGCCCAUGUAGAACUGCGAGAUCCACGCGAUCAAGAUGACGAUGAUCCGGCCAUACAUUACGGAGUGAUUGCUUCUGGGAAUCAAGUCAUGAAGGACGCCCUAAUCCGUGAUAAACUCGCAAUGGAAAGGGGUGUUUUGUGUUUCGAGAUGGAGGCUGCGGGAUUGAUGAAUCGCUUCCCAUGUCUUGUUAUUCGGGGCAUUUGUGAUUACUCGGAUUCGCACAAGAACGACAAAUGGCGCGGGUAUGCAGCAAUCAUGGCGGCAGCAUAUACAAAAGACCUUUUGCGCCAUCUCAUCCCCGAACAAGUGGCAGCAGGGGAAAAUGCUAUUGAUAUGCUUCAAGGCAUACACGAUCAACUUAAAAGCCUAGUUCAAGAGACAGAUAGUGUCAACUACAAACUUGAUUUGGCGAAAUUAUCAACUGCUCAUGGAGCUGAAUUUGAUUCAUUUGCAACUCAACAUGACGACGAAUGUCUUCCAGGAACCCGGACUAAAAUUCUUCAUUUGAUUCGCGAAUGGGCAAUUUCACCGCAGGGGAAAUGCAUGUUCUGGUUGAAUGGCAUGGCUGGCACUGGGAAAUCUACAAUUUGUCGAACCUUGGCAAAAUAUUUUCAAGAAAAAGGAGCACUUGGCGCCACUUUCUUCUUCAAAAGAGGUGAAGCAGAUCGAGGAAACGCGUCUAAGUUCUUCCCUACAAUCGCCAAACAAGUAUACCAAAAACUUCCCGAAAUCGAUUUGAGAAAGAUUAUUGAAGAACAGCCCGAUAUAUCGAACAAAGCCCUAUCCAUGCAAUUCGAGACACUCAUCCUUCAGCCAUUAUCAUCCUUGCGUUCGACUAACAGUGAGAUUCCGCUGAUGAUAAUUGUAAUCGACGCGUUAGACGAGUGCGAGGAUGACAAUAAUAUCCGAGCCAUAAUUCAGCUGCUUCCACAAUUGCAGGCGACUCAGUCUAUUCGACUUCGAGUAUUCAUCACAAGCCGGCCCGAGUUACCAAUUCGAUUGGGAUUUAAAGAUGUAGAGGGAGAUUAUCAUGAUCUGGUCCUUCAUCACGUCCCUAGGGCCGAUAUUGAACAUGACAUCUCUCUCUUCAUAAACCACAAGCUUGAUAGUAUCCGAAAAUACAGAUCAAUGUCUCAAGAUUGGCCUGGCGGAAUUAAGAUUCAGGCACUUGUUGCCAUGUCCGUUCCGCUAUUCAUUUUUGCUGCAACUGUGUGCCGUAUGCUUCAAGAUCACGAUCUGGACCCCGAGGAGGCCUUGGAAGAUAUUUUCAGAUAUGAAUAUGAAGACUCUAAGCUAGAUGUCGUUUAUCUUCCGAUACUGAAUCGUUUAUGUUCAAAAUAUGGCGAAAAAGGGAGGCAGAGGCAGUUCAAGCAAGUUCAAGAACUUGUUAGCACAAUCGUUCUCCUAAAGGAUCCGCUGUCAAUCAUCGCACUAUCAAGUCUUAUUGGCAUUCCGACUACGACAAUCAAGACAGGAUUAAAUUCAUUACAUUCCGUUUUGAACAUACCAAUUGACGAAACUGCGCCAAGUGGCCAAAAUUCCGAUAUGCUGGAAUUUCUGUACGAUGCCAGACGAUUUAUACUUAAAUUUAGAUAUAUUGCUGGUGUUGCGCCUCUCCAGCUCUAUAUCUCUGGCCUUACGUUCGCUCCAACCCGUUCAGUAAUCAAAAGGCUUUUCCUUGAAGAAAAGCCAGAUUGGGUGUCCACACCAAGAAACAUCGAAGACAAUUGGGGCGCACAAUUACAAACGCUUGACGGCUGCAAAAAGCGCAUUAAUCAUAUCGCUUUCUCUUCGAACGGACUUCUGUUAGCGUCUUACUCUCGCGACCAAACUAUAAGAAUCUGGGAAAUUGCCACCGGCACCUUGCGACAAACUUUUACGGGUCAAGAUGCGGUUCUACGUGUGUCCUUCUCACUAGAUACUCAGGUUUUGGCAUCCAUCUCAAGAAAAUCUGGGGGCUUCAUGAUCAAGCUUCUGGAUGUUGCCACAGGUUUCUUGCAACAGAGUACUCAACAUGCCGAUGAUGACUUAUGUGCUGCUGCCUUUUCUCUUGAUAUCAGUUUGCUGGCAACCAACAGUCGUCGCAGCAUUGCACUAUGGGACCUUACAUUGGGAGUUCAGAAAUAUGAGCUCGGCAAAGGUUCGCCUUUUUUUCCGUUUAUAGCCUUCUCCGCAAAUGGGUUGCUAUUAGCUGGUGCCGAGGAGAUUGAUAUAGUAAUUUGGGAUACUACCACAGGCGCUGUACGACAAACAAUCAAGGACAAAAUGAAAGGAAAAGACAUCUUCUCCUUAGAAUUUUCACCCAAUGGCCAGCUAUUAGCCAUUGGCAGUAAAGGUUCCCGUUACACGCUUGGGGAUGCCACCGUGGAGCUUUGGGAUGCCAAUACCGGCAGCCUGACAUAUAGCUUCAAACCACGCAGCGACUUGACAAAUCAAACGGCAUUCUCACCAGAUAAUCAGCUCCUAGCAAUUGGCAGUUUCUGUGGCACAGUGCUUUGGGAUUUCGCCAGAAACCGCGUGUACAAAGAGAUUUCCAAUCCAGCUUACAAUAUUGCUUACUCUCCAGAUGGCAAAACAUUAGCGUCUACUUCGCUUUGGGGAACAACCAUUGAGCUUUGGGAUAUUGAUGCGGAAUUUCUAAAUCAAGAGCCUCAAUCGAUGUCGGUGAAAUACAUCGAAUUUUCGUCAGAUGGCGAACUGGUCAUCUCCUCCCCUGGCAGAGGCAUCAGUGUCUGGAACUCAUCUCAGGAGGCUCUGCAGCUGGUUUUGAACAAUCACGAACCUGAUUACCGUAUAGCAAAUGCCGAGGUAUUUUCUGUGGAUGGCCGAUUGCUCGCGUGUGCUUCUGAGGCCUCAUUUGAUCGACGUCAACCUGCCCAGUCCAUUCAUAUAUGGGAUAUCAAGAUGAGCAUCCACUGGUCCAUCUUGGCGGAGCACGGGUGUAAUAGGAUGGCGUUCUCACCAGACAGCCAACAAUUAGCAACUGCUAAUUGGGAAGGCAUCUCCUUCUGGGGUUUCUCCGGGGAACUGAUGCAAUGUCCAAGCCCUACAAAAAUUAAUGGUAAUACAACCGGGAUUUUACAACAGUGCUUAGAGGGCGACGGAUGCUGGGUUUUGCAACGAACAUUAAAACGCAUACAACGAAAAGGUCGUUGGAUUCGACCGACGUCGAUUUCGUUUUCCCCUGAUGGCCGAAACCUGGCUCUCGGUUUCUCAACUGAGCCUGAGAACAUUAACUGGACUGUCGAAAUUUGGGAUUGGACUCUAGGGUCAUUGCGCGGGAGCGAGAUGGUGGCCCUGUCAUCGAGCCUUGGGAUAUGGACACAGGCAGGUUACACGAAGGCCUGGCAGGAAAGGUAUACGGACCCCCUGAGGAUGAUGACGUGUCAACCAGCCCUCCUCCAGUAG